UAUGGUUCGCAUUGGGACUCUACCAAUGAGACUUUUAUCUUUAAAGUACGGAGCACAUUUGGUUUACAGCGAGGAAAUCAUUGAUCAUAAAAUGUUGACAGCUAAAAGAGUUGAAAAUAAAUUACUAGGAACAGUUGAUUUUGUCUUGAGUGACGAAACAGUGGUAUUUCGAACAUGCGAUAUUGAGAGAGAUAAAGUUAUAUUUCAAAUGGGAACUUCUUGCCCUAUAAGAGCUUUAAAAGUGGCAAAAUUAGUUGAGAAUGAUGUGGCAGGUAUAGAUAUAAAUAUGGGAUGUCCCAAAGAGUUUUCGAUAAAAGGAGGAAUGGGUGCUGCUCUCUUAACUAAACCGAAUGUUGCAAAAGAAAUUCUAUCAACUUUGGUAAAUCAUCUGAACAAGCCGGUAACUUGUAAGAUUAGAGUACUAAAUAAUGAAUCAGAAACUAUUGCAUUUUCAAAAUUGGUUGAGUCCACGGGAAUUGCCGCAUUAGCAGUUCAUGGUCGCCGAAAGGAUGAAAGACCUAAGCAUCCAAAUCGCAACGACUUAAUAAAAGAAAUUGCUAAAACUCUCAAAAUUCCAGUAAUCGCCAACGGAGGAUCUAGAGAAAUAAAAAGUUUCGCAAAUAUACUACAAUUUAAAGAACAGACAGGAUGUUCUUCUAUCAUGUUAGCAAGAGCUGCACAGUGGAAUCCCAUGAUAUUUUGUGAGUCACCCAAGGAGUUCAAUCCUGUAAAAGUUUGCAGAGAAUAUACUAAGAUCGCUAUAGAUUUCGAUCAACAUCCCAUUAAUGUAAAAUACGUUCUACAACAAUUCCUGCACGAAGACCUUGAAAAUGAUUUAGCCCGAAAAAUUCUUGCUUCAGGAGAAUUAAAUGAAAUAUGUUCAGCGUUGGAUUUGAUGGACUAUUUCGUAGAUGCACUUCAAAAACGAUCAAAAUUGAAAGAAUUGUUAGAAAAGCCACUUGGAAGAACUAUAUGCCCUACAAAAAGAAAAUUGGAAAAUGGAGAGGAAAUUAUUGAAAUGGAUUUCAAGUAUAUUAGGAGAGCAUACUUAGAAAAUCGUACUCCUAAGCUUGUUUUAUAUGAAUACUGUAUAAAACAGGGAUGGAAAUGUCCAACAUAUGAAGCGAUAUAUUAUAGAGAUGAACAUCUUUUUGAAGCCUCUGUAACAGUGAAUAGUCUAAAGUAUAAGUCUACUAUAAGGGAUAAAUCCAAAAAAUUGGUAGAACAAGCGGCAGCCAGUGUGUGCUUACAAAGUUUCGGAAUUAAUGAUGGAAGAAAAAUUUAUUCAUGA